CAUUUUGAGUGACGUACUUGCUUGUUGCCAGGGUGACGUAGGAGAACGUUGCAUCGCUAGCAAGCAAGCUAACAAUGCACACUUCUGGUCAACUCCUAAUGAAUACACUCGUUGUAAUAUGACUUAAAACGAAUAUAGUCUAAUGAGAGGAUCACCAAUUGGGAGGAAAAUAAUCACGAAGACGGUGCUUUGAAAAUGCGUCAGUGCUCUGUUUGUCAAAAAUCUUUCCCAUCGCCAUAUAAACUUCGAAGACAUUACGUCAUCCAUACUGGCCAGAAGCCCUUCAACUGCACAAUCUGUGGGAGAGCCUUCUCGCAGUCUGAUCAUUUAAAAUCACACCUACAGAAACUCCAUUCAACGCUUCCAACAGACCGUCUACUCGAUGGCAUUGUAUCUCAUAACCAACAACUAAACUGUGAUAAACCAGCUGCAGGGAUUUACACACAUGGAAGUAGUAAUUACACUUCAAUCUCACCGACUGUUUCGUCCUCUGUGGCCUCCCAGACCACGCCGAAAAGGGAGAUUGUGACUGUUCCCUGUUCAUCUGAGACUGGAAAUCCACCAAAAUACACGCCGCAUGUAAAUGAUGGCUCAGUGACUCAGAGCCAUACAUCAAAUGUAUUGGAUCCAAUCCCUCAGGAGCAAGUUGAUUCUGCAAAUGUAGACUCAUCUGUAAGACAUGCCUGCAAUGGAUACACCUGCAAAGUCUGCUUCAAGUCAUUCACUUCAUCUCUUCAUCUUUGCCUUCACUUACCAACCCAUGACAAACCAAAACAAUUUGAGAAGGGCAGAACGUCGGGCAAGACUUUUUCUAAACUGACCUAUUGGAAACCGCACCUGCAGUCGCAACAGUUGAGCUCCGGCAGAAGGAAAAUUACUUUGAGAAACCGGUGUCCUAAAUGUCUCAAAACCUUCUGCUCACCAUCCAAAUUACAACGACAUUUCCUAAUUCAUACGGGGCAGAAACCCUACUCGUGUAUAGUCUGCAGGAAAGCCUUCACACAGAAGGUGCACUUGAAAUCCCAUUUAAGUACGGCAAACAAAUGUUCACUUUCUCUCCACACUGAAAGGAUAAAGCAGAGGUUUUGUAAUAGCAGACAAACCGUUGGUCUGCAGCCUCGGCCGUCACUUCAAAACCGACCCACCAGCCAUUGCACCCCUGUGGAUUCCUUAGUGGAACUGGAGCUACAGUGUAAAAUAAGUGUAAAGGCUUUGCAGGACCUGGACAAGACUGACAUCAAGUUGGAUGCCGUCCUAAAUCCAAAGCAAUCAUUGAAUACAAGGAGUCAGGAUUUGAGUACUUGUCAUAAGUCAGAUGAACAAGAGCAGCAAUACUUGAGAUAUAAAGACGUGAAGCCAUUCCAGUGCAUGAUCUGCAACGAGUCGUUUCAGUUGGAACUUCAUUUAAUACGUCACCAAAAAAUUCAUGGGAACCAAAAAGAAUUGGGAAGUCCCAACACUGUGCAUCAGCUUGACUUGAAUGUCACAGUUAAACCAGAAACAUGGAAUGGAAAUUGCAGUGAAGAUAAUGAAUCUCUUUCUCACUUAAUAACAUCAGCAAAUGCCACCAGUGAGCAUCAGAGAAUGAACUCAUUGCAUCAGUGCCAUACAUGUUUAAAAGGUUUUCCAUCUGUAUCAAAACUUCAGAGGCACAUGAUGACUCAUACCGGACAAAGACCCUUUGGGUGCGAGAUGUGUGGAAAGAGAUUUCGUCAGAAAACACACUUGAGGGUCCAUUGUCGCACUCACCUGUGGUCUAGAUAUCACAAACAACGGUCAUUGUAUAUCACUCGGCCGCCUUCUUGCAUAGGUGUGUUUAACACCAGGACUGCAGCAGAAGCUCCAGUGCAGGAAAUGUUACUGCAUAAGAAGGACUUUGAGACGCACACUGGCAAUGAUGUAGUUUCUGUGAAACACCUGCAUCAAACCCCUUCCAUGGUAAUUAUUCAGAAUGACAACAGAAAAUCAGACAAGUUGUUGCCAUACAUCUCAAAGAAAAAUGAGGUUGUGCAAAAGAGGACAAAGCCUGCUAAAUCGAUGCAAAAUCACAAGUGCUUCCGGUGUUUAAAGUGUUUUCCCAGUGCCUCUAAAUUACAAAGGCAUGAGAUGGUACACACAGGCUUGAAACCAUUUCAGUGUGUUUUGUGUGGGAAAGGAUUCAGGCAAGCUCCACAUCUAAAAACCCAUGAAAGAACUCGCUGUGAGAGGAAACCAUCCACGCCAGUCAAUCAACAGGGGAACAUCAGAAAACUGAAAGCAAAUAGUCAACAGCAGCUUUAUCCACAGAUCGUUGUUCGUAUCCCACAACAGAAUAGAUCUGGUAACACAGACACUACAAUUUCAAGCUCUAAAAGUAACAUAACGUGUAAAAAAAGGAAACUUCACACAUGCCAAAUAUGCUUUAAGAGCUUUGUGUUUCCAUCCAAGCUCUCGAGGCACUUGGUCACCCACUCUGGGAUAAUGCCAUACAAAUGCACUUUGUGCAGCAAAGCCUUCACACAGCGUGGUCAUCUAAAGGUUCAUGAGCACAAAUGCAGACAGGGUAACAGGGUCUUACAUUAUAUUCCAGGAGAAAUUGAGAAUACCAACCAUCUCCAGGAUAAAUGCAUUGAAAACCUUUCUGAUUGUACAGAUUUCAAUGUGGAUGCAACAACAGAGCAGCCAGUGCCAUAUUAUACCAGUGUUGAUCACUCAUCUACUGAUGGAGAUUUAUCUUAUUGCUCCAAGGCAAUACACACUGAAUGGCUGGAAGUACCAGAAGUAGGCUUACAAGAGGAGAGUAAUACAUCAGAGAGAAGGCAGAGAGAAAAUUGUAAUCAGGCUACAGACAAUUAUCAUCAGGCUACAGACCAUUAUAAUUAUUCAUAUCCCUCUGAACUUGCCUUUGAAAUAAAUAAUCCUGUCCAAAACGAAAACAUGGCAGCUUUGUCCCAGCAGUAUGAGGGCAGCGCACAUAAUGUAGAAGUAUCAUGUCAGCCAAAAGGAGUUGCAGCUAUUUCAGAUAGCAACAAGCUGCUCGAUUAUGAACUAGUCAGUUCUGUGGUUGAGAAUCAAAUGCAGCCAGAUAAUUACUGGUGUGAACCGCUAACUGUGUUUGACUGUGACAAGUGCUCUGCAAGUUUUAUGAAAGAAAACAAUCUUCAGAAUCAUAUUUGUUCAACUGAUGUUCAACCUAAAAUGACUGAGUCAGCCCAGAAGAGUCGUUGUGACAUUUGCUUCAAACAUUUUGUGUCUGUCUCUAAACUUAAAAGGCAUUAUCUUGUCCACACAGGUCAGAGGCCGUUUAGGUGUGACAUUUGUGGCAAGAUGUUCAAACAGUCAGCACAUGUUAGAACGCACCGACGGACUCAUUGAUAAUCCAAAUGUUACUGUGUAAUGUGUUUUUUUGUGUAAAAUGUUCUUUUUGAUGAUCAAGAUUUGUCACAAAUAUGAUGUUUUUAUAUACUGUAUGUAUGUAAAAUAUGUAUUUGAUGUAUAAUAAUAGACUUGUAUAAUCUUUUUUUAUUUUUUCAGUAUUUCCUGAAUUAAACCUGUUUCUAAAUCUUAA